AUGCCUAAUGUUCCAAACCUCCAGCCAGGUGUGGGUAUUCCACCGGGAAUGGCUGUUGUUGGUCCUGCCGCUGGUGGAGCUAAUUUAUUAGCUAGACAAGCACAAAAUGAUGAAAUUAUAUCUCGUUGUUUACAAAAUAUAAACAAAAUACGAGAAAAUCUUAAUGUUGUAUUAAAUACAACAACUCAAGCAGCAUUGGCUGAUUUCGAUGAUAAUAAUUUAAAUUCUAGCACUACAAAUCAAACACAAACUACAACAGGAGGCACAAAUGCAACUGCUCAACCUACGUCAAAUAAUGUACCACCAACUCGUACACAACGUUUAUUUGAUCAAAAACUAUGCGAAAUGAGUACAUCAUUAGAUCAUUUAGGAAAUUUAAUUGAACAAUAUGAUUUUAAAGCCUUACAUCAAUUUAAUCCACUCGUUAAUCAUUUAAAUGAAUUAUCGUUUGAAAAAAAUGGUCAAUUAAUUAAUGAAUGGUCAAAUAAUUGGAAAUGGGUAUCAAAACUAAAUGAGACACAAAAUAUAUUAAGUCAAAAUUUAACUGUACAACCCUACAGACGAACCCUUCAAAAACAAUAUCAACAACAACAGGGUAGAUCAACAAGGUAUGAUCAACCAUUGGCAACAGCAUCGACAACAGCUGCAUUAGAAAAAGCUGUUCAACAAUUUGAACAACAACAACAGCAGACUUGUACAAUCCAAAUGACUCGUUUAUCAGAACAUUUAACAAUUAUUCGUGUUACUAUUACACGUGCUAAUAUUGAAGUUUAUCUCUAUAUUAGAUCAACAAUCGAGCAUGUUACUGUUAAACCAUUGAAUGAGAAAAAAAAUGGCCUAUCAUCUUCGUCAACUUCAAAAUUGUCAUCUGCAUUUUCCUCUCCUUCUUCUUACAUUGUUCUGGACUUAAUAGCUGGACAUAUUCGAGCAGCAGCCAUCUACUAUUCCAAUACUAGCAAUGCUUCACCAGAAGGAAUUAUUAAAAAAGUUUUAGAUUAUAUUCUAAAAUAUGUAAAUUUAUACCAUGGGAAAUGUGUUGUAUGUCAAAAACAUUUAUUAAAUGGACUACAACCAACGUGGAGAGAUUUUAAAACAUAUGAACCUUAUCAUGAGGAAUGUGUAAACUAUUAG